ACACUUAGCAAAAUGCAAAAUAAAAACUUAGCAGGGGGUAUAUAAAUCGAAGUUAUUUGAAUAAAACAUCAAUAGUCAGUUGUUAAUUCAAGUGAUUUGUUUCCAAAAUGAAAUUCGCCAUAUUUGCCUUCAUUGCCAGUUUGUGCUUAGUGGCAGUUACUGCCAAAGCCACUGGUGAAUUAGUGGUCGUAAAUGACGACAUCCAAGUAUAUGAAUACAUUGCCCAAGAAUUGGCUGAAGAAAUUGCAGAAAUUGAACCACAAGGCAUUUUUACUGGUAUUUACUUUGUCUUGAAGAAAAUCGUAAAGACUCUUCAAAGUCUCGACUGCGCUCUUAAUGAAGUUUAUCAAAUCCAAGUUGCUGCCCAUACUUUCCUUACCGACAUUACCGCUUGCGGUGGUGAAAUUAACCAAAAAGUACAAACUUUGGUGAAUGCCGUUAAGGAUAUUAUUGAAACCAGCAAAGCUAUUGGUGGUUUAAACGAAGCUGUUUGCUCUAACGAUCAUGGUUCACGUGGUGUUAAAGGUGUUGUUUCCAAUGUUGUUGGCGGUGUUAAACUUGGUCACAAAUGCUCUUCCAAUAUGUUCCGUAAACUCUUGCGUUUGGCAAGACAAAUUAAACGUGCCAUCAAGUUGAUUAUUCAAAUUAAGAAUGUUCCCGGUGAUACUAGCAAAUGUGUUUUGGAUGCCGUCGAUAAUGUGGAGAAAUACUUCACUCAAUUCCCUGCCAACAUUAAGGCUUGCACCAAAUUGCCUUCCAACUAGUAAAUCGUUUGCAGCUAAGAUAGGCUUACAAAUUGAGAUAUGUAAUUUCGUUUAAUUGAUAAAUUGAUUUUUAUAGCGAUUAUUUUUUAAAUAAAUAUGUAAAUGUUUA